AUGGCGCCCCAAGAUUCAUUCAUAGAUGACGAGGAGGAUACCUGCCCCCUCUGCAUCGAGGAGUUUGAUCUCUCAGAUCGAAACUUCCGACCAUGUCCUUGCGGCUACCAGGUCUGCCAGUUUUGCUUUAACAAUAUAAAGAAUAACAUGAACGGCCUAUGCCCCGCCUGUCGACGACCUUAUGACGAGAAGACGAUACAGUGGAAAGUUGUCACAACAGAAGAAGUUGCCGAGUUCCGUGCCAACAUCCAGAAGAACCAAAAGAAGCGGGCUACUGAUCAACGCCAGAAAGAGCUGCAGAAACGGGAAGCAGAGAAAGAGAACCGCAAGAAUCUCAUCGGCGUACGAGUUGUCCAAAAGAAUCUGGUCUAUAUUACAGGCCUCGCUCCGACCGUGCGGGAAGACGAGCUACUCAAGACACUGCGAAAGCCCGAGUUCUUUGGCCAGUACGGUAACAUCCAAAAGAUUUCGAUUAGUAACAGAAAGAGUUCGGAUGGCCAGCACCAGUCACUAGGCAUUUACGUCACCUUUGAAUAUCCCGAAGAAGCGACACGUUGCAUCCAAGCUGUGCACGGGUCACAGAACGGCGACCGAGUCCUCAAAGCCCAACACGGUACGACGAAAUACUGCUCAGCCUGGCUUAAGAAUGAAAAGUGCAGCAACCCCGGUUGUAUGUUCUUACAUGAACAGGGUGACGAGGAGGACAGCUAUUCCCGGCAAGACCUGUCAUCGAUGAACAGUAUCGCUUCCCAACGACCCCUCCCUGCAGGUGGAUCACGAUCUGCUUCUCGGCAACAAGCUCCUCAUCCCACCCCGCCACCCGUUGUAUCUCAUCCUAUGACACGCUCCAUUAGUAAGGAGGGGUCUGAGAGCGGUGUUGACGGAUCAGCAUUACCUUCCUCAGCCAACUGGGCACGCAAUCCGCAGCGGAGCCGUAGGGGCAGCCUCGCUACUAGUGGUGCCGCGUCGAGCCCUGCCAUCUCGUCAGCUCAGCCUGUAACUGCUGAACCGGUUCCGGAAGAAGCAGUCGAGGAUGAAGAAGAAGAGGACGAAGAUGAGGAGGAUGAGGAAGAAGAGGAAGAGGAGCCUCAACCAGAGGAACCGGAGGCCGGACCUUCUACGUCACGCGCGAUGGAACCCGAAUCUCCUGCACCAGCCAGGAACGUCGCCGAGAGCGGGCUGAGGGAGAUUCUCAGGACCUUGGGUAACUGUCCCUGGCCUGUUUUCUCUACCGCUGGGGCAGACCAGUACCCGCCAUUGUUUGAUCCUCGCGGAGGUGAAAAGCGCAGAGCUAUGCGAGAAGAGGAGGAUUCACGUCUUGGUGGUGAACAGGAAGAGCGUCCCGAGGCCCGCGAACCAUCUGAAGGGGAGCCCGAAACCGGCGGUAGUCUUGCUCUAGGAGGUGAACCGGAGGAUCGCGACGCCCCCAACGACAACAGAGGCUUCGACCGCCGAGGCAGCACCCAGCCUCCUAUUCAACGACUCUCCACUGACGGCCUCUUUGGACCUGCACUCACCGGAGCCUCGCCUUUUGGUCAGAGCUCGGGCAACCCUGGCUCGCGGUCUAUGACACCGCAGCAAUUGUUUCUUCGAUCUCAGAGCGGCUUCGGUGACGCCCCGCCCGGCAUUUCUAGCCAAAGCAAUGCUUUCCAGAACCAGAACCAGGGUCAGGGACAAGGACAAGGGCACAACCGUCAGUCGUCCCGAUUCAGCUUCGCCAACGACAACGCCAGCUCCACAACCAACGUCAAGGUUUCUACCAACCCGCGCAUCAUGGCUCAGCAAUCCUCCAUGAUGCCCAAUACCUUCCAAUCUCAAGGCAACAACCAGUUCUACGGUGCUUCCAUGCCUGGACCUCCUCCCGGUCUCAAGUCGACCGGCACCCCUCCCAACAUGUUUGGUCAGUUCGGCGGACAGGGCUUCGGUGCGCCAAAGGACAACUCGAAUGAGCUUCUUCAGAGUUUAAUCGGCCGCAGUCGGGCUGGCAACAACCAGUCCCACGAUGCGGGAAAGCGUGAGUUUAUGAUUUCUUCUUUUUCAAACCAGUACCCACCAUCCUCUACCUCCACCCCAGCUCCUGCUCCCGGGCUCCUGCCUUCGCUGUAUGGCGGUACACCUAGUGCAUACCAAGACAUGAGCUCCAAGCAGAAGAAGAAGGGAAAGAAGCACAGACAUGCUAACACUUCCUCUUCAGGGGGGAGUGGCCUAGUAGAUCUUGCAGACCCGAGUAUCCUGCAGGUGCGAAUGCAGCAGCAUCAGUCUCAAGGCAGCGGCGGUGUUGGACAGGGCUUGUUUGGUGGCCAGAGUCAAGAUGAUGAGCUCCCGUCCUUGGACGAGGCUACGAACUCUGUCGAUGCGUUGGUUUCCGACGAUCCAAUCCUCCCUGCGACCACCCUUGAAGGACGGCAAUCUGUGCCCCCCGGCUUGGGACUACCCCCUGGGCUUGCACCCAUUUCGAGACCGCCGUCCACCACAGGCAAUGCGCGAUUGAGCAACGUUCUGCCAGCGUUGCCCAAGAUAACACCGCCUGGUCUGACGCAAGGUGCUUCGACUCCAGACCAAUCACCUAGAAGGCUAAUGUCGGCAACCCUUGUCUCGGAAACGAAGAAAACAUCCAAGUCUUUAGCAACUGAGAGUGGGCUUUCGAAAGAGAUCACGAGCCAGCCGCAACCAAAGCAGACCAAGGGAAUCAACUUGCAGGACGAGGAAUUCCCGGCUCUGGAUGCACUCAAGAGCAAGAGCCGACCUGCUACGCCUACACCUAAGCCCACUCCAAAGGCCAAACGCAAUGCAGAGAGAAUUGUGGAUAGAAUGAUGGCCAAGGCGGGGGUCAGUAAGCAGAGCAGCACAACAGAAGAACCAAAGGUUCAAGAUGCCACGGUUCAAGGUGCCAAAACUCAAGAGCUUAACCCUCAGGAGACCAAGGUUUCAGAGUCAAAGCCUAUGCCAUUCACUCUGCCCACUGAGAAGAAACCAUUUUCUCUCAAAACUCAGAUUGAGGAGAGUUCCACGCCCACCCAAUCUGCUAAAGUGGAUGGUCGAACUCCAAUCUCUCUCAAUACACAAAUCGAAAAGAAUACUGCACCCAAAGCUGGCGAAUCAUCUGCAACGACUGAGAAGCCCAACACAGGAAACGCAGCUGCUUUCCCCCCACUACCUGCACCUUCAUCAGCCGCGACCUCGUCUCCUGUCACACGAACAGGACCGAAGACACUACGUGUCGUUGCCGCCCCGAAAACAGAGGCCCCCCCUGCAUCACCCGCCUUAACUACAGCAUCCAUUGCUCUACCAGGAUCGCGAGGCGUGUCUGCUAGUUACAGACCAGAUACACCUGCUAGUAGCGAGGCAGUUAGUGACAACGCAUCGGUCGUAUCUAACUCUGUAACACACUCUCGUGCGAGCUCCCCACCUCCCAGUAGGAUUGGAUCUGCUGCAGUACGAGCCACAACAAAGAGCCAGCAACGCAAGGCACGCAAGGACGUCUUGAAACAGGAAACCAAGAUGAUUGCCGAAGCGCCUAAAGUUGAGGCAGAAGUCCACGCUCCGAUCAUUGGACGAAAGAAGAAACAGAAGAAGGAAAAGCCUGUCAAGGCGCCACAGUCUGGUGCAUCCACCCCCGCUGCUCCAGAGCCUGUCAAGGCCGAACCAACCCCCGAGCCUCCCCAGCCAGAGUCCGCCAAGGAACCUGAGCAAGAGCCAGAAGAGAAGCCUGCUAAGAGCAGGACGGCUCAAAAGAAGGCCGCAAAGUCCAAGGGCAAAGCAAAAGAGGUCGAGCCUGAGCCUGCUGCUCAACCCCCCUCUCCCGCCAAGGAAGCCACCCCUGAAGCUCAGGAGACCACAGACAAGCCGGAGCCUAACCCCGCGUCGGUCUUUAAUGAGAUCAAGAACGCUCUUUGGACUUCUAGCGUGAACAAACUGCAACUUUUCAAUCCUAUUGCCAGUGGUUCAUCGCGCACUGAUUACAGCUCCGCCCAUAGCAACGCUAAUAAGGCUGAGCAUUGCAAGGACUGCUCCUGCAAGUGUGGCGAAAUUCAGGAUGAUGAUCUUGCAGCAUUGCGGGCGGGCAAACCUGUCCGCAAACAGUUCCACCUCGAUGGUAGUCGCAUGCUCAUUACUCCCAAUGGUGACUGCAUCCGCGGCCUGAACGCGGAAGAAGAAGAUGCUUUUCUUGAGCUGCAAGCUGCCAUUGCGAACACGGCAGAGAACCCUGGAGCAUUCAUUGCCCCCAGACAUCAGCCUGGAAGUGGAGCGUUCUCUUUGAUUAAGGGCAGAGCCGUCCCCAAUGGACGUCCCAACAUCUUCCCCACAACUCCUCAGCUCCAGUCUCAAGACCCUAUCGGAAAGCUUCAGAGGGAGGAUGCGCUGAGCUAUAUCAACCAAUAUGUGCUUCCUCGCUUGAACCUAGGAGCUACUAACAUGGGAUUCCCUAAGGGUGCAUCACCAACUAAAGAUGCGGCUGCUGCAAGUCUUAACUCCCUCGCCCCCUACUUCUAUGGCCCCGAUGCCGCUGCUGGAGUGGGAAUCUACAGUCCCCCUGAUGGAGCGCGAGCCAUGCAGGAUUUCAGCUCAGCCGGUAUGUCGGGCGAGGAGCGUGGAAAGAACUUUGGAAUGGGCGUCGGCGGUAUGCCCUUGAUGAGCGUGGAGGAUGCUGAGGGUGCGCUGGGCACUGCUCGGCGGGAGACAGAGAAGUUGGAGAAGGGAUUGAACCAAGUCAUCCGCCGCAACCGACGAAUUGUUUUUGGAGGUAGCAACUAA